AUGCGAGUCUAUGAUAAUAGCUCCUUACCUCGCCUCUCUUCAGAAGUAUGUACCGAAUUAGUGGGCGGUACACUCGAUUUCAAAUCAACUGGCCACAACUCUAUGCUUAUAAGCAAUGAGAUGCAGAAUCUUAAAUCCGUUGAUCGGAUGGCUGGUGAAGAUCUGCGAGAAUACUACAAACGCUGUGUUCCAGAAGGUAACGUGCGUAAUUACAGUGCCAUGGCGCGUCUUGCUCCAGCAGAACGAGUAGAAGGACAAGUCAAUUUAUUGGGUGAAUACCCAUCACCUGUCAACUUACGUUAUCCGGUUUAUCACAUGCGUGAUGAGUUAGCGGCCGAGUACGAUGUCACUAGUGACUAUGCUGGCAUUUGCCAGAUCAUGUACGCUAUGUAG